AUGGCGAGCCUCGCCCGCCCAUUCCGAACCCGUGGCUGGCCCUCGCCCGCCCAUUCCCGGACCCGUUGGCAGGCCUCGCCCGCCAUUCCCGGGACCCGUGGCGAUCCUCGCCCGCCCAUUCCCAGGACCGUGCGAGCCUCGCCCGCCCAUUCCCGGGAACCCGUGGGCGAUCCUCGCCCGCACAUUCCGGGACCCGUGGAGAGCCUCGCCCCCCAUUCCCGGGACCCUUGGCGAGCCCAGCCCGCCCAUUUCCCGGUAACCCGUGGGCGAGGCCUCGCCCGCCCAUUCCCGGGACCCGUGGCAGGCCUCGCCCGCCCAUUUUCCCGGGACACCGUGGCAGGCCUCGCCACGCCCAUUCCCGGGACCCUUGGCAGCCUCGCCCGCCUCCAUUCCCGGAACCCUGGCAGACCUCGCCAGCCCAUUCCCCGGGACCCGUUGCAGGCCUCGCCAGCCCAUUCCCGGAACACGUGGCAGGCCUCGCCCGCCCAUUACCCGGGGGACCCGUGGCCCGGCCUCGGCCCGCCCAAUUCCCGGGGACCUGUGGCAGGGCCCUCUCGCCCACCCAUUCCCGGGACCCGUGGCAGGCCCUCGCGCGCCAUUCGGGACCCGUGGCAGGCCGCGCCCUCCCAUUCCCGGACCCGUGGCAGGCCCUCGCCCGCCCAUUUCCCGGGGACCCGUGGCAGGCCCUCGCCCGCCCAUUCCCUGGACCCGUGGCGGAGGCCCGCCCGCCCGCCCGGGGACCCGUGGCCGAGCCCUCGCCCCCAUUCCCGGGACCCGUGGCAAGCCCUUCCCGGCUGCCCAUUCCAGGGACCAUGGGCGAGCCUCCGCCCGCCCAUUCCCCGGAAACCCGUGGCCCUGGCCUCGCCCGCCCAUUCCCGGGACCCGGUGCAGCCCUCGCCGCCAUCCCGUGACCCGUGGCGAGCCUCGCCCGCCCAUUUCCCAGGACCCGUGUUGGAGCCUCGCCCGCCCAUUCCGGGACAAGUGCAGGGCCUCGCCCCGCCAUUCCAGGGACCCGUUCGCGAGCCUCGCCCGCCCUUCCGGGACCCGUGGCGAGCCGCGCCCCGCCCAUUCGGGCACCUUGGAGGCUCGCCCGGCCCAAUUCCGGGACCCGUGGCGAGCCUCUGCCCCCGCCCAUUCCCGAACCCGUCGUGGCAGGGCCUCGCCCGCCCAUUCCCAGGGGACCCGUGGCAGGCCCUCGGCCCGCCCCAUUCACGGGACCCUGGCAGGCUCGCCCCGCCCAUUCCCGGGACCCGUGGCAGGCCUCGCCCCACGCCCAUUCCCGGAACCCGUGGCAGGACCUCGCCAGCCCCUAUUCCCGGGACAGUGGCAGGACCUCGACAGCCCAUUCCCGGGACCCGUGGCAGGCCUCGCCCGCCCAUUCCCGGGACCCGUGGCAGGCCUCGCCCGCCCAUUCCUGGGACCCGUGGCAGGCCUCGCGCGCCAUUUCCCGGGACCGUGGCAGGCUUCGCCCGCCCAUUCCAGGGACCGUGGAGAGCCUCGGCCCGCCCCAUUCCCAGGACCCGUGGUGAGCCUCGCCCCCCGCCCUUAUUCCAUGACCCGUGGCAGGCCUCGCCCGCCCGUUCCCGGGACCCGUGGCGAGCCUCGCCCGCCCAUUCCCGGGACCCGUGGCGAGCCUCGCCCGCCCAUUCCCGGGACCCGUGGCAGGCCUCGCCCGCCCCAUCCUGGACCCGUGGCAGGCAUCACCCGCCGUCCCUAAAGAGAGUAACACCUCUGAUUAACCUUAGAACCAGAAUAUGCCACUGA